UAGAAAGAAAAAGAAUGAUAAUAUAACUAAUACAGUUGAUAAUUCUGCUACUUCACCUUUAUCUCUUAGAGAUGUAUUUAACAGCAAGUCCUCAACUCAAAAAUUCACGAUUACAAAAACUAAAGCUCCUAAAAAUAAUGUGCAAGUAUCUAUAUUACAAAAUCAAGAACACCAAAAUAUUUUAACUAAUGAAGUGAAUCAAGAUACAUUUCAUGAUCAAGUUGAAUCUAAUAUAACUAUUUAUAAUAGUCCAGUUCAGCAACUAUCUUCAAAAAUAGUAAAAAGAUAUCCGGAAUUGUUAUUAUCUGAUAAAUCUCAAUUGCAAUCUACAAUGAAAACAAGAUCUGUUUUAUCAGAAUCAACUACUAAUGUUCUAUCACUAUCAUCCAUAUUGGAAGCUAGUAAACAACAAGAAAUGACAAAAGAAAUAGAAUUAAAUAAUUUAUCAGCAAAAC